AUGGUGAAAUCGUACUUGAAAUUCGAGCAUUCCGAGACAUUCGGGCUCGUUGCCUCGGCGUCGUCUAAUGCGAUCUGGGCCAAGGACGAGCAGACCCCAGGCGCUGCUCGCCAAACGGGCGCCGGCCGAGCGAUUGUUGGUGCGAGCGAAGAGGUCUUGUGCUGGGAUGUUAAAAAAGGUGAACUGCUAGGCCGAUGGCGUGAUUCGGCCUGCAGGGCACAAGUGACGGUAGUCAGGCAGAGCCAGACAGAUGAAGAUGUCUUUGCCGUCGGUUACGAAGACGGUAGCAUCCGCAUCUGGGAUUCUCGAACCGCCACAAUCAUUAUUUCGUUCAAUGGCCACAAAUCUGCCAUCACCCAGCUAGCCUUCGAUAACGCCGGUGUGCGCCUCGCCAGUGGCUCCAAAGACACCGAUAUCAUUCUCUGGGACUUGAUCGCCGAAGUCGGUCUCUUUAGGCUCCGUGGUCACACCGACCAAAUCACCUCCCUCAAUUUCCUUUUCCCCUCGACAGAGCUCCUCAACGCCUCCGGGCUCAGCGAACACGCCGGCUUCUUACUGACUACCGGCAAGGACUCAUUGAUCAAGGUCUGGGAUCUGGCAUCGCAGCACUGUAUUGAGACACAUGUGGCGCAAACAAAUGGCGAGUGCUGGAGUCUAGGUCUGUCUCCCGAUCAGGGUGGCUGCAUUACGGCCGGAAAUGAUGGCGAGCUGAAGGUCUGGUCAAUCGAUGAGAGCGCCAUGCUUCAAAUUUCUAGAGAGAAGGUUGCGGCAGAAGGACAGAUGAUCCUGACAGACCGGGGCACCUUCUAUCGGCAUGGCAAGGAUCGCACAAUUGGCAUUCGAUUCCACCCUCGUGCAGACUACGUUGGUUUCCAUGGCUCCGAAAGGUCGAUUGAGAUUUGGCGUAUUCGUUCUCAGACAGAGGUACAGAAGGCUAUGGCACGAAAGCAGAAGAGGAGAAAGGAGAAGGAAGCCAAGCGUGAGGGCAAGGAGGAUGGUGCAGAGGCCGACAAGGAGAAGCCUGAAGAUCCUGCAUCUGCUCCCGUCACCGAGGUUUUCGUCUCCCACGUAAUUGUGCGGACUGGUGGAAAGGUUCGAUCCUUUGACUGGAUGCUUACCAAGUCCAGUGGGGGUCUCAGCGUUCUUGCCGCGACGACAAAUAAUCAGCUGGAGGCUUACAGCGUUGUCACGGCUAACAAGAAGAACAAGGACGAUGAAGAGUCUGACUAUACCAGGAGUCUUGCAGUCGAUAUUCCUGGCCACCGAGCAGACAUCCGGUCAAUCGCACUGAGCUCCGAGGACCGAAUGCUUGCCUCCGCAUCAAAUGGAAGUCUGAAGAUCUGGAAUGUCCGCACGGGCACCUGUCUGCGUACCCUCGAGUGCGGCUAUGCCCUGUGCUCUGCCUUCCUUCCUGGUGACAAAAUCGUGGUAGUUGGCAACAAGAACGGCGAGUUGGAGGUGUUCGACAUCGCGUCUUCGACCUUGCUCGAUACUAUCAAGGCGCAUGAUGGCCCUGUCUGGUCCCUCCAUGUGCAUCCGGAUGGCAAGUCUAUGGUCAGUGGUAGUGCAGACAAGACCGCCAAGUUCUGGGAGUUCAAGGUUGUACAAGAGGAGAUCCCUGGUACCAAACGCACUACACCGCGCCUCAAGUUGGUCCACACAAGAACGUUGAAGGUCAACGACGACAUUCUCAGUCUUCGAUUCUCGCCCGAUGCACGUCUUCUAGCGGUCUCCUUACUGGACAAUACCGUCAAGGUCUUCUUUGUCGACACAUUGAAACUUUUCCUCAACCUCUACGGCCACAAGCUUCCAGUUCUGAGCAUGGACAUCUCUUACGACAGCAAAAUGAUUGUCACCUGCUCGGCUGAUAAGACUGUUCGUCUCUGGGGUCUGGACUUUGGUGAUUGCCACAAGGCCUUAUUGGCCCAUGAGGACAGUGUCAUGGCAGUAGCAUUUGUCCCCACCAACAGGGAACAAAAUGGUCACAACUUCUUCAGUGCAAGCAAGGAUAGAGUCAUUAAGUACUGGGACGGCGACAAGUUCGAGCAGAUCCAGAAACUUAACGGACAUCACGGAGAGAUCUGGGCAUUGGCAAUAAGCCAUGAUGGUGAGUUCAUUGUCAGUGCUAGCCAUGACAAGAGCAUCCGUGUCUGGAAGCAGACCGAUGAGCCGUUGUUCCUCGAGGAAGAGCGUGAGAAGGAGAUGGAGGAGGCAUAUGACAGCACCCUCACUGCAUCUCUGGAGCAAGACGAAGACGGCGAAGACGGUGAGAAGGCAGAAGCGGUCGAUGCCGGCAAGCAGACGACGGGCACCCUCAUGGCUGGUGAGAAGAUCAUGGAAGCGCUGGAUCUGGGCAUGGAGGACCUCGAGGUCAUGCGCGAAUGGCGUAUAGUUCAGGCCAGAAACCCAAAAGCCGGUGCUGUACCCCCGGAUCGCAACCCGGUCUAUACCGCCCUGGGCAACGUCUCCGCCGAGCAGCACGUUUUAAACACCGUGCAGAAGAUCCCUGCCGCUGCCCUCCAGGACGCCCUCCUGGUUCUACCCUUCUCCAAGCUUACAUCGCUCUUCACUUUUCUUAACAUCUGGGCGGAGCGCGAGUGGAAUGUGCCCCUUACCUGCCGUGUACUGUUCUUCAUGUUGAAGACGCAUCACCGUCAGGUUGUGGUUAGCAAGACGAUGCGCCCCAUGCUGGAUAGCAUUCGGGCCUCUCUACGCCGGGUCCUCGCCCGCCAAAAGGACGAGAUGGGCUUCAAUUUGUCUGCGCUGCAGAUCAUCGGCAACCAGAUCAGCGAGCACAACACCAAGGACUAUAUCGACGAGGAGACCUGGACGGCGUCGCAGGCGGACAAGGGAACUGGCAAGAAGCGUCAAUUCAGGAGCAUUGCCUAG